GUGUCGGGAAACAGCGUCGACCGCCGCGUCGACCCUAUUUGUGCGCCUUUCAGUUCUUCUAUCGUUAAUAUAGACUUCAGAAGUACUCUUUGUAACUAUGCGCCCAUAAUGUCCUCAUUCAGCGCGUUUUCUCCUUUCUUUCGCCGGGCUGUCCCAUGGACUUGUCGCGCAUGUCUCCGAAAAGCAGUGCCACAGCAGCGCAGUGCCUUUGCGACGAAGACGAAUCCUGCCACGAACCCAAUUGCGAAGAACAAAAGAAGAAGAAGAUUGCUGGUUGCAGGAGGCGGAGUGGGAAUUAGUGUUGCUGUUACCACAAUCAACGACGAUGCGAAACAUGCGUAUACCGCGGUACAGAGGAGCGGUAGGGUGGUGUCGACGCUGUUCAGAAACAUAAAAGACUACCGCGAUACGCUGAAACGAGAUCAAGAAGAAGACUACGACGACCUCCUCAAAGCCUGCCACCUACGCUGCGCGAAACGAACCCUUCGCACACUUGAGAAGAACGGCUCGAUAUUCAUAAAGCUAGGGCAGCACCUUAGCAGUCUCAAUUACCUGCUACCGAGCGAAUGGUGUGACACGUUCAUACCGCUGCAGGACAAAUGUCCGGUGUCCUCGUACGAAUCGAUAAAGGAGAUGGUGCUGAAGGAUACAGGCACCGAUCUCUCAGAAUACUUUUCAGACUUUGAGGAGCAACCAAUUGGCGCAGCUUCUCUGGCGCAAGUGCACUGCGCUGUGAUAAGGGCAAAUGGUCAAAAGGUUGCGGUCAAGGUGCAGCAUCCGGCAUUGGAUGAGUGGGCGAAGCUAGAUUUGGCUUUGACGAGAUUCUCGUUUGAGACACUGAAAUACUGGUUUCCGGAGUACGACCUCACAUGGUUAUCAGAAGAGAUGGAAGUGUCGUUACCGCAAGAGCUGGAUUUCCAUCGCGAGGGUCAGAACGCCAUACGGGCACGAGACUACUUUGCUAGAGUGAAAGAUGCGCCAGUUAUCAUUCCAGAAGUGAUAUGGGCAAAGCGCAGGAUAUUGGUCAUGGAGUACGUGAGCGGCCACCGACCAGACGACCUGGAAUAUCUCGACUCACACGGCAUCGACCGCGAUGAGGUCUCUGCAGCCCUGGCUCGAAUUUUCAACGAAAUGAUUUUUGGCACCAAUGCGCCGCUGCACUGCGACCCGCACGGCGGUAACAUUGCUGUCCGACAUAAUCCUUCGCGACCUCAUGGAUCUAAUUUCGACGUCAUAAUGUACGACCAUGGCCUUUAUCGCGAUAUCCCGACCUACCUACGGCGCUCCUACGCCAAACUCUGGCUAGCCGUGCUGGAUGCCGACGAGCCUCGCAUGCGGAAGUACGCGAAGGAGGUUGCCGGCAUCGGGGAUGAGCAUUUUCCACUGUUUGCGAGUGCGAUUACGGGGAGAGAUUAUAGUGUGGUGAUGCAGGAUGUGGCAACCAAGAGAAGUAAGAAGGAAAAGGAGGUAAUUGGCGAAGCAUUGGGCGACGGUAUGUUGGAAAGUUUGAUUCAAUUGCUCGGACAGGUGCCGCGGGUCAUUCUGCUGAUUCUGAAGACAAAUGAUCUUACGCGGUCGUUAGAUGAGGGUCUCCAUACUCGUCAAGGGCCUGCCCGAACUUUCCUCAUUCUCGCGCGUUACGCUUCGCGGACUGUCUACGAAGAACAGCUGGAGAAGUUGAACGGGUGCAUUCUCUGGCCUUGGAACUUCAUCGCCUUCUUGCGGGCAUGGAGUGCGCAUAUGCGCGUGGAGCUGCAGCUGGAGGCUUACGAGACGUAUUUGAAGUUGAGGGCGAUGCUGGGUAUGGAGCAGAUGGCGGUGGGUAGCCACCAAGCGUAAUGUCGGCUCUACCGCCACUGGAUAGAUAACUUGGGAAUGGGUCUUGUUGAUAUUCAUAGAAAGGUGGGCUCGAAGAUGAGGAGUGUGUACAUAUCUUUCGAGACCGAGGCGUAGCUUGCCCGGACUUACGUCGGCACCCGCGCGGCACUGUGGCGGUGCAACAUUUGUAGAUAGGGAAUACAUAAGCUCCUGUGGGGCUUGUGGCACUUUUCAGCUGCGCUGGGAUAGGGUGAUUGAGGUUGUACAGCGGGCCGGCACGAUGUCGGUGGCCUGAAAUGGCUAACAGGAGGAUGAAGCACCUAGGUACACAUCCCUAAAUUGCAUGAAUUGGAUAGAC